GCCGUCAUGGAGAAUGUUUCGCAGCAGAUUUCUUAAACAACUUGGCUUAUUCCGUGACAAACAUCAUAUGAAAUGGCAGCGGUCUUCUUGGUGACCUUGUACGAGUAUUCCCCAUUGUUUUACAUUAGUGUGGUUUCUUUGUGUUUCGUUGUUACCGCCGCCAUGGUGCUGGGCUGGUUUGGCUUUGAUGUCCCAGUGAUCCUUCACAGCGCAGAUGAGACAGAGUCCCUCCUACCAACCCCUGAGAAGCAAAUGGUCCAGAUGACCAAUCCCUUCAUCCUGGAGAUGGGCUCUGGGCCGGCAUCUGUCACUGAUGGUGUGUCAGUGAGGCCCCGCUGUCUGGAGCCUUGUGUCCUGAACUGCUUCUGGGGCUGUGAGGUCAGUGCCCUGCAGGGAGCGCUGCAGGCCCACCAGCAUGGCCUGCUGCUCAGCACCUCCCAGUAUUUCCAGGAGGCCCUGCACUUCCGCUACCACCACUACCAGAGCUUCCAUAUCAGCAGUGAAGACACAGUGGAAUAUCACACACAGAUUCCUGCUGACCAGGGGAUCAGAGAUUUUGGGCCGUUGCCAAGGCAACACUACCCUCUUGUGGUUGUGCUGACGCUGGCAGAGCCGGACGCCAGAGACUCGUACAACAUCGUGGCCAGUGUGACAGUUAUUCAUGUUCCGGAUGACAAAUACAGCCUUUCUGCACGGGUUCUCUUUCAGUACCUCCUCACCUCAAAAAGAAAAAUGUACGAGUUAAAGCCUCUCUUCAUGUCAGCUGACAGUGGGGGGGCAUCUGAGCCUCCUGCCUCAGAGCAGAGUACCCAGCCAAGUAAGCCCAAUGCUGAGGCCACCAGAGUGGAGCAGAGUCCAGUCCUGCAGGAGGAGGAGGAGGAGGACUGGUCAAAGGGGAGGGGGAGAGACUGUGUGGUCUGUCAGAAUGCAGCAGUGAACAGGGUGUUGCUGCCCUGCAGACACGCCUGUGUGUGUGACAGCUGUGUGUCACACUUCCAACACUGCCCCAUCUGUAGGGCCUUCGUCUCGGAGUCCUUCAUCCUGACACAGGGAUCAGCUGCACGACAACGACUCCGUAUUUAACCACUCAAUGUUAUUUCAUAUGCAGCAAGGCAAGCAUCAGUGCAGAAUAAUCUCUGCAACUUCCUCACACCAAAUCCAGAUCUUGAUUGAUUGUUUUUACAUCAAGCUUAGAAAAGUUCAGCUGGACUGAAGAGAUGUAGUAUCUCUUACAUUAGUGGGUUACACUGCAGCAGCUAGAACCAAUACAAAUCAAUUCACUAGAUUGCCUCCACCAUUUACCACUCAACAAAACUUCUGAGGUAUCUAAACUUUAAAAAAGAAAGUGAGAGAGAAAGAAAUUAUCUUUUCUGUGAUAAAUGGUUAAUGGAUCUGCACUUGUAUAGCGCCUUUCUAGUCAUCUGACCACUCAAAGCGCUUUUUAAAUUAUGAGUGAGAUUCACCCUUUCACACACACAUUCAUACAAG